AUGUUCAUUUUAAUUUUAUUAUUAUUAUUGUUAUUAAUUUUAUUAUUAUUACAUUUAUACAAUUCUGAUAUCUAUCUACAUGACCCAAGUGUAGGAUGGGAUUCCAUAAUUGGACUUGAUGCUGCUAAACGUACAAUAAAAGAAGCAGUUGUUUAUCCAAUUCGAUAUCCACAAUUAUUUACUGGUAUAUUGUCGCCAUGGAAAGCUUUACUUCUAUAUGGUCCGCCUGGCACAGGAAAAACUUUAUUAGCUAAAGCAGUCGCAACCGAAUGUAAAACAACACUCUUUAAUAUAUCAGCAUCGACCAUAGUUAGUAAAUGGCGUGGGGAUUCCGAAAAACUUGUACGUGUUUUAUUUGAACUAGCAAGAUUUCAUGCACCAUCAACAAUAUUUUUGGAUGAACUUGAUUCAAUAAUGAGUCAGCGGGGUGGUGGCGGUAAUGCAGGAUCUGAACAUGAAGGUAGUCGAAGAAUGAAAACGGAAUUACUUGUUCAACUCGAUGGAUUAGCUAAAACCGAUGAUCUUGUUUUUCUUCUCGCUGCAUCUAAUCUACCUUGGGAACUUGAUCAUGCAAUGUUGAGGCGGUUAGAAAAACGUGUUCUAGUUGAUUUACCUACAAAAGAAGCUCGGAAUGCUAUGUUUCAACAAUUUUUACCACCAACCGUCAUUCAUGAAAAAAAUGGCCUGAUUUUAUAUGCGGAUCUUAAUUAUGAACGAUUAAGUGAUUUAACUGAAGGUUAUUCAGGCGCAGAUAUUAAACUUGUUUGUAAAGAGGCAGCUAUGAAUCCAUUGAGAAAAGUAUUUAAUGUGCUUGAAACGCUUCAGAACGAUAUCGACUUAGGCAAAUGCAUUCAACUUGAUUCAAUAACAACACCUGAUGUUGAAAAAGUUUUAUCGACAACAAAACCAUCAGCAAGAGCAUUUAAAGAUAAAUAUACUGAAUGGCAAAAAGAAUUUGAGUCUGUUUAA